AUGGCAAGCCAAGCAGUACCUCGGAAGCUUUGGCAACAUCCCUGUCCAGCGUCGACGAACAUCGGCCGUUUCCGAGACACUCUGGAGAGACACACUGGAAAAUCCUUCCCUACCUUCCAUGACCUCCACCGCUACUCCAUCCAGCACAGGUCUUCGUUCUGGGACUUUUGUUGGGGAUAUUUCCAACUCAUACAUGAGGGUUUGUAUGAUGUAGUCGUGGACGAAACAGCCCCAAUCGACACCAUUCCUCACUGGUUUGACGGUGUCAGGUUGAACUUUGCAGAGAAUAUUCUUUUCUCAAGCGACGCCGGAGACCGGCUACGAGGGAAAGAAGACGACAAGGUUGCAGUUGUCGAGGUGCGUGAGGCAGGCGCCGAAGGAGCAACUUAUGUGACCUGGAAGGAACUGCGCAACAUGACCGGACGCCUAGUCCAGGCACUGAAGGCCCAUGGAGUAAAACGAGGAGACCGUAUUGCAGUCUGUGCAAGCAACAGCGUCGACACAUUACUCGUGUUCCUGGCGGCUACUGCCCUCGGCGCCAUUUUUUCCUCGAUGUCCACAGACAUGGGCACCAGAGGGCUUCUUGACCGGCUGCUGCAAAUCAAGCCUGUUUGUCUCUUCAUGGAUGACUUCGCGGUUUACACCGAUAUCAGUGACGUCCCUAAAGCUUGCACGUUGGACGACUUCCUCGCUAAAGCGCCACAUGAUCGUCUGGAGUUUGCACGAGUGCGGUUCCGCGAUCCGUUUCUUGUGGUAUAUUCGUCUGGUACCACUGGGCAGCCCAAAUGCAUCAUCCACUCCGUUGGGGGUGUGCUGUUGAACGCUCACAAAGAAGGCGGCCUCCAUCAAGAAAUGCGUUCCGACAGCGUGAUCCUGCAGUACACAACCACGGGCUGGAUCAUGUAUCUGGCGCAGGUCCAAGGUCUCCUCUUCGGGGCGCGAAUCAUCCUGUAUGACGGAAAUCCGUUCUUGCCGCAUGUUUCAGUCUUGAUCGAAUUGGCUGCAAAGGAGAGGGUCAGUCACCUAGGAAUAUCCCCACGGUAUCUGUACGAACUGCAGCGAUGCAAGAUCAAUCCGCGAGAGAUCGCAGACCUGCAGUGUCUGCAGCUGGUCACGAGCACCGGAAUGGUGCUGCCCGAUUCCCAUUUCGAAUGGUUCUACGAUGUCGGCUUCCCCCCAAACGUCCGUCUGAAUAAUAUUUCCGGCGGGACGGACAUUGCGGGCUCUUUUGGCACCGGUAAUGCUCUGCUGCCAGUCUACGUGGGUGGGUGCGCCGGCUUGUCCCUGGGCAUUCCUGUUGAGGUGUAUGAUCCAUCCAUAGACAGGGGUGGAGCCAAGGGAGUGGCUGUUGCCGAUGGCAUACCCGGGGAACUGGUGGCCACAGCUGCCUUCCCCAACAUGCCGGUUGGCUUCUGGGGCCAAGACGGUGACAAACGUUAUCACCAAGCGUACUUUGCUGAGUUUGACCGCGUCUGGACGCAUGGAGACUUUGUCUCCAUCCAUCCCACCACGAAACAGCUGUUUUUCCACGGACGCGCCGAUGGGGUACUUAAUCCGUCAGGUGUCCGGUUUGGCUCAUCAGAGAUCUAUCAGGUCAUUGAGAGCGAUUUUGCCGAUGAGGUCGAGGACUCGCUCUGUGUAAGCCAACGGAGGCCUUCUGAUAAUGACGAAAGGGUGGUAUUGUUCCUCAAAAUGAAGCCAAACACUACUUUUAAUGCAGACCUCACGAAAAGAGUGAGAGCCGGUAUUCGAAAACGGAUGAGCGCACGUCAUGUUCCGUCUUAUAUCUUUCCCACUCCUGAAAUACCAACUACAGUGAACUUCAAGAAGGUCGAGCUGCCUGUGAAACAGAUUAUAUCUGGAGUACACAUCCAACCAUCCAGUACACUUGCAAAUCCCGAUUGCCUAAAGUAUUACGUCCAGUUUUUUGACAUUGAGAAGAUGGCAGCGAGGGAGAGCAGACUCUAA